AACAAACCUCAAAUUUCCCCCCAUUUCUCUUCUCCUUUCGCUCCCUCCCUUCCUGAGUGUUUUUCUAUUUGUUUUUCUCCCAAAGAUGGCUUGUCAGGGGUUCCAGGGAGGGGAAACCGUGGCGACACUAAAGAGGGAGAGCGAGAGUCUGAAGAAGAAGCUGGAGGAGGAGCGGGGGAAGCUGAGCGACAUAGAGUUGAACCAGGUGGCUGAGAAGAUUGAGGUCUUGGGUGCCCUCUCCAUAAAGACCAGACGUGUUAUGAAGGGUCAUGGGAACAAGGUGCUGUGUAUGGACUGGUGCAAAGACAAACGUCGUCUAGUCAGCUCUUCACAGGAUGGCAAAGUGAUCGUCUGGGAUGCGUUUACUCUUAAUAAGGAACAUGGAGUUACCCUGCCGUGUACAUGGGUCAUGGCGUGUGCUUAUGCCCCCUCAGGUUGUGCUGUGGCAUGUGGCGGAUUGGAUAACAAGUGCUCAGUGUUCCCGCUGUCGCUUGACAAAAACGAGAAUUUGGCUGCAAAGAAGAAGGCUGUUGCCAUGCACACCAACUACGUAUCCGGGUGCACCUUCACCACCUCUGACAUGCAGCUCUUGACCUCCAGCGGUGACGGCACAUGUGCCUUGUGGGAUGUGGAGAGCGGGCAGCUGCUGCAGAGCUUCCAUGGUCACACAGCAGAUGUCCUGUCCCUGGACCUCGCUCCUUCUGAGACAGGAAACACUUUUGUCUCUGGGGGCUGUGAUAGGAAAGCCAACGUGUGGGACAUGCGCUCUGGACAGAACAUUCAGUCUUUUGAGAGCCACGAGUCCGACAUCAACUGUGUUAAGUACUACCCCAGUGGAGAUGCAUUUGCUUCUGCUUCAGACGACGCCACGUGCCGUUUCUAUGACCUGCGAGCCGACCGCGAGGUAGCCGUCUACCAGAAGGACAGCAUCGUAUUUGGUGCUUCCACUGUGGACUUCUCUCUGAGCGGUCGGCUGCUUUUCGCUGGAUAUAACGACUACACCAUCAACUUGUGGGACGUUUUGAAGGGAACUCGUGUCUCCAUCCUGUUUGGCCAUGAGAACCGCGUCAGCAGAGUGAGAGUGUCACCUGACGGCACGGCGCUCUGCUCAGCCUCCUGGGACAACACCUUACGGAUUUGGUCCUAGAGCUGAUAUCACAGUUGGGAUCCAGUGACGACAGCACCAGAAGUCCCAGUCUGAAACCAACACUACUGCAGGAGUGUGUACAUACAAACCUUCAGUGUGUACAAACACACACAGGAGCACCUAAAAUGUCUCUUCUGAAUGAGAAUAUAUCAUUAUAUCAUAACUGUAGUGUGAGUAUUCAUUGAAGUAUUCAAGUUUGGGGUUCCUGAUAUUUGUUAUUGUUAGCUCGAUGACUGAUUGUAUGAAUAUGUAAUAAUUUAUGCUGAUGUAGAGGGAAAUAAUAAUAAUAAUAAUAAUAAUAAUUAAGCCUUUAUUAGUCCCACAAUGGGGAAAUUAUUUCUCUGCAUUUAACCCAUCCCGGAGGAGCAGUGGGCUGCAAUGAAGCGCCCGGGAAAUAGUUGUGAGAGGAAAGAGCUGCAUGUGUCUGCUCUGUCAGGUAGAUCUACAGACAAUAUCAACGAUUAUCUUGUAAAUAAUGAACAUUGGUUAACUGUUACCUUCCCUGCCAAAAUCAAACCCUCCAGAAUCACAUUAUAGGUGUACACACUGUUACAGUGGCACUCUGCCGUAGAUAUAUAUGUGAUUAUCCGAAGGAAGAUUUAAUGUAGCCACCAAUUUGUUUUAUUUCAAUAGAAAUAAACGUCAUAACGGCUUAGAUCGAUCACUUGUGAAAAAAA